AUGGCGAUGGGACAACUUCUGAAUGGGUUUAAAUUCCUGGUCGACCUCAAGUGGAUCGACCAGCAGGUUGGGGCAGCUGGGGUUAUCGAUGAUGCCCCAGGCGAUGUUUGCGACCUUCAUGCUCGUUACUUUGAGCUGAAAUUCGAGGGCAGAAGGAAUCCUUCCGCAGAUGACUUCGACAAGAGGUAUGGGUACAUCCAAAGGACUCCCAAAAUUCUCAAUGAGGCAGGGAUGAAGUACAUCCUGCUGUCGUUGUGGAGGCAUCAUCCCUCCAACGAGGCAAGGGCUCGUAGGGCAGCCAAUACGACCACCUUCAAAUUCUCGAAACUGCAUGUGGGUGACUACCCCGUACCUCCUCCCCCUCCAUCACGGUCAGGGCACUUCGUGCCUGAACCAGCUCCACCUGUGCCUCCACAAAAGACACGGGUUUCUCUCUCUCAAUUAAUGGAUGCCGUGCAUCCUCCCACCCCACCGCCUAUCCCCGAUGAGGACGAGGAUAUGAAGAGUGAUGGUGAGGCGACUACAGGGUCAGUUGACGAGGCUGCCCCUCUUCCUGAACAUUGUUUCCCUGCUGCGAUCCGGUCUGAGACCGAGGCCACUGUUGCUGGUCCUUCGGACCUUUCUAGUGCUGCUGUUUCGGCUACCGCUGGCCCUUCCUCCAAGAAAGGUAAAGCAAAGAAGGUUUAA